AUGUCGCAACGCCGGCAGCAACUGGAGAGCAUGCCAGCCUAUCUGCCUCCUGCCGUCAAGCUAGCGGUGGUGUCUGAGCUGCGUGCGUUGCAGUUGUUUGAGUUGCAGCAGAGCAUGCGCCGACAGUUGACACAGGCCAUGCAGAAGGACACUUUCCCACAAACAGCUCUCAACAGACAACACUACCGUCGUCCAAAGAAGCAGAUGAUCCGAGGUAGGCGUAUGCAUGUUGUUGCUGGGAAAAACUGGACUAGUAUUCUGUGCUGGCUGUUUUGUUUGAUUAGCGGUGGUCUGUAUGGUGAUAGCGAGUUCUUCAAGUUUGGAUAG